AUGUAAAUUGAUGUGAAUAAAACGAGUUUAACCUCUAGGUAUUAUACAACCAAAGGGGUGCAUAAUGUAAAAGGAAGUUACGUAGAAAUACUGAGAAUAACUUUGAUUGUGUAACUGAAGCAUAAAGAGAAAGGGAAUUUCUUCAAAAUUAAUAAUAAUCAAGAAUUGCGACAUUACUCUAAGUUCACUUGCAAAUUAUUCAAUGCAAUUGAAAAAUGCCCAUGAUUACAAUUAAUGUAUUUCGCAAAAUUAAAUGCUAAUAAAUAUAGUGUUA